AUGAACGACGAGGCCGGUAUAAGACGACACUUCCUCGAAGGAAAGACUAUUAUUGUGGCCGGUGGUGGUGUUGCCGGGUCCGCCUUUGUUGUCGGUCUCCGAAAACUAUGGGAUCCGAACUGGAAGCAGCCAACUAUUCACAUCUACGAUCGCGAUUCUCAAGAGCUGUCGGCUCAGCGCGAAACCUACACCCUGUCUCUGGCAGGUUAUGAUACCACCGGUGGGCUGUUGGCACUGAGGAAGCUUGGUCUUCUCGACGAAACUCUGGAUAAAGUUGUCUCUGGUCUUGAAGGCGCCGGAUCCUUCAAGAUUUGGGGACCAGACUGGAAGGAACAUAUUAGCUUUCGACACAAGCCUUUCGAAGGGUUACCGGCUUCCAGCGUCCGCAUCCCUCGGAAGGACCUUCGACAAGUUAUUCACGAUGGGUUCGGUGCCGAGGAUGCUGUCCAAUGGGGCGCCAAAUGUAUUUCGGCUCGAAGCCUUGAGGACGGUCGAAUCCGAGUUGAAGUCGUGAGAGGGGCUCCAGGACAGGAAACCAUCACUGAGGAGGACUGCGACAUUCUGAUUGCUGCCGACGGUGCCGGCAGCAAACUCCGAGCAUACCUACGACCGGAGGACAAUCUGGAAUUUGCCGGGGCAAUUCUUCGAGGAGGUGUUUCACGGUUCGAAGGCCCUCUUCCAAAACCACUUGACCAGGACUGGGGUUUCAUGCUUUCAGGGACGGGUGUUUCGUGCUUCUUCUCGCCUGUGGACAAGAAUAGUCUUGUGUGGACAGUUGGUCGUCUCGAAGACACCCAAGUACCGCCACUCGACUUGGAAGAUGCUGAACAGGUCCAGGCUGUGAUAGACCGGGGACUGGAGCUGGGGUCCGAGUUACAGGAGCCCUUCCGGACAAUUGUUGCCAACACCGACCCCAAAACAGUUCUGUCGAUCAACGCCCGUGACAAGAAGCCCUUUGCUCACGACCAGCUGGACAAGCUGCCUGUCGUCUUCAUGGGAGACGCCAACCACGCCGUCAGCCCCUUUUCUGGGUACGGGGCGAACCUGGCGCUGGCUGAUGCGUGGGACUUGGCAGAGCAACUGUGCAAGGGAGGUUCUCUUGAGGAGGCGAUGUCGGCGUACGACAAGCUUGCCAUGCCUAGGGCCAUGAAGAUCCUCAAGGGAUCAAGGGUUCGUCUCAAGGCGGGCCACAGCACCGGGCUCCAGUACUGGAUGUUUUGGCUGAUGCUGGUGAUGGGCAAGUUUAUGGGUUGGGUGAUGGGGAGGAAGAUGACCUGA